UUGAAAAUAAACCAUUAUUAUCAAGUUCACAAUGUCGUAGAAUUGGAACCUAUCCCGUUAAAUUUAUUGUACCAAAUAAAAAUCAACCUCUAACAAUUUGUAAUGUGAAUGAUUCCACUUCGAUAUUGGCACUUUCCGAUCGACCUUGGCAAAUUAAAUAUUCGCAUCGUACAGGUUUAGAUUUUAUUUGUGUUGCCUUUAAACAUUAUGAACAU